AUGCCACCCCCGCAGGUCUCCAGCACCCGCUCCUCCCCUCCAGCCCCACCUCUGCCCCCUGGCUCUGGCAGUCCUGUGACCCCUCGGGCUCUGCCCCGCCGUCUGGUUGGCAGCAGCCUCCGGGCUCCCACAGUGCCACCCCCAUUGCCCCCCAUUCCUCCCCAGCCUGCUCGGCGCCAGAGCCGGCGUUCACCAGCCUCCCCCAGCCAGACCUCCCCGGGUCCUGCCUCCUCCAGCCCAGUCUCUCUAAGCAUGGCUGCACAGGUAGACCUGGGGGCGGCCACAGAGGAUGGGGGCACCCCUGAGGCUGACACAGCCCUCACCCCUCCUAAGGGAUGGGGGCCUACCGCCUUUGCCUACAAGUGCCUUGACCCGGGCGCGGCCCCGCGCGUGCGUGCGGUGCUCGUGGGCUACGACGAGCACUUUUCCUUUGCCAAGCUGAGCGAGGCGUGUGCGCACCUGCGCGACCCCGACUGCCUGCUUGUGGCUACUGACCGCGAUCCGUGGCACCCGCUCAGCGACGGCAGCCGGACCCCUGGCACAGGGAGCCUGGCUGCUGCGGUAGAGACCGCCUCAGGACGCCAGGCCCUGGUCGUGGGCAAGCCCAGCCCUUACAUGUUCGAGUGCAUCAAGGAGCACUUCAGCGUGGACCCCGCCCGCAUGCUCAUGGUGGGCGACCGCCUGGAGACCGACAUCCUCUUUGGCCACCGCUGUGGCAUGACCACCGUGCUCACGCUCACGGGCGUGUCUCGCCUGGAGGAGGCCCAGGCCUACCUGGCAGCCAGCCAGCAGGACCUGGUGCCCCAUUACUACGUGGAGAGCAUCGCAGACUUAAUGGGAGGGCUGGAGGACUGAGCCCACCUGAUCUGCAACCACAGCCCCACCCCUUCCCCACCCUGAUCCCGUAGAUGGAGGUGAUGGGCCGGGAGCUGCAUUAAGUGCCACUGGCUCUCUGGCCCUAGUUUCUACACCCUGGUGGGGCUGGGACCCAGGGAAGCUUUUAGGGCCCUAAUACCCCCUCCCAGGGGUGGCUAAGCACUCUUUGCUGACCCCCUUGCCCCACUGGUUUGCCCUGGCAUGACCCAGCCAAGGUGGCCUUAUUUCCUGCCCUGGGACCUCCCUUGUUGAAAACUGGGCCCUGGUACCCACUGAAGAUUUCCCUCAACCCUGAGCACUUAAUUCCUACACCCCUCCCUGGGGCCUCUAGAGCUCUACCUGCUCCCUAGGUCCUGGCCUUGGGUUCCUGUUGACCAAUGAGAGGUCUUUGUAACCACAAACCAUGUUGUCCUGAGCCCUGAAUGGACCAGUCAGAAGGCUAAGUCAUAGUGAUUCAUUGAUUUUGGGUCCUGAGUGGACCAGUUGGGAGCCUAAGUAGCAAUGACCUGGAUGUCUGACUGGAUCAAUCAUAAGGCUGUGACAAUGACCCUUUCUUGUCCUAGUUCCUGGGUAGGUCAAUCAGGACAGCUAAUAAUGACCCUGAAUAGAACAGAAGUCUGAGAGACGGUGGCCUCUUGACAAUCUGGGUCUGACUGGAUGAGCCAGGGUUCCAGAUUUCUGUCAAUAAAUAAGGUCCACGUACUAAAGACCCCCGUCCACCAACACUGCUAUCCAGGGGGCCACUCAGUGGCUCUGAGGGCCUCUGUAGCCGAGAGCCCCACCCUCUCCUGAUCAUGGUACCAGUCCAGUGUUGAUGGUGGCCAUAGCUCGAGUGGGGGCGUUUGUGUCCAUCCCUGUGCCGUCAUUGUUUGCUGUGCCACUUCUCCCCCGUGCCCGCCCCAGCUAUUUAUUUAUUUAUUAUCGUGUGCCAGUGAUGGUGGGGUGGGGGCUGGGCCUCCCCUGCCACCUCCACCCCUGUUGUAACUAGUCCUCCCGUCCUUAAUAAAGGGGAGUGGGAGCACC